AUGAUCUCGGAGAAGGACUGGAAGACCCACGACGAGAUCGACCUCGAGUUCCUGGGCAACGCCACCGGCCAGCCCUACACCCUGCACACCAACAUCUUCGCCAACGGCGAGGGCGGCAGGGAGGUGCAGUACCGUCUCUGGUUCGAUCCCACCCAGGACUUCCACACCUACUCCAUCGUCUGGAACACAGACGAGAUCCUGAUCCUGGUGGACGGCGUGCCGAUCCGGCAGUUCAAGAACCAGUGGGACGCCGGCGUGCCUUUCCCGGUGUACCAGCCGAUGCGGCUGUUCGGGUGCUUGUGGAACGCCGACGACUGGGCGACCCAGGGUGGGCGCGUCAAGACGGACUGGUCGCAGGCGCCGUUCAUCGCCUACUUCCGGAACUACACCGCCUCCGGAUGCGCGCCCACCGCCGGCGGCUCGUGGGCGUGCGACCAGAACCCCUCCGGUUCCGGCUCCAGCUCCGGCUGGAUGGACCGGGCACGGGGAGGAGGGCGGCUGGACGACGACGUGAAGCAGCAGCAGCAGCUGAGGGAGGUGCAGGGCAAGUACAUGAUCUACAACUACUGCACCGACGAAAAGAGGUUCCCCAAUGGCUUCCCGAAGGAGUGUGGGCUGGCUUAG